CCCCCGGCUGCGAGCUGGCCUACCCGCCCGGGGCCGGGCGGCCCUUUUGCCCCAGGAGCCAGGUGCCACCUGGGCGAGGAGACGUGCCCGGUGCUCGGCUCGUCACAGGAACGCCUCGGAAGUUAAAUUUAUCCGGCAGCACCUAGAACAAGAGAAGCACGAACUACGGAGGCGAUUUGAGAACAAAGAAGGAGAAUGGGAAGGAAGGGUGUCUGAACUGGAGAGUGAUGUCAAGCAGCUGCAGGACGAGCUGGAGAGGCAGCAGGUUCACCUGCGCGAAGCCGACCGCGAGAAGACGCGGGCUGUCCAGGAACUCUCCGAGCAGAACCAAAGACUCCUGGACCAGCUCAGCAGGGCAUCAGAGGUGGAGCGGCAGCUCUCCCUGCAGGUCCACACCCUGCGGGAGGACUUUCGGGAGAAGAAUUCCUCCAGCAGCCAACACAUCGUGCGGCUCGAGAGUCUCCAGGCUGAGCAGGUCCUUGAAAUCAAGAUGCUGACAGACAGAAAGCGGGAGCUGGAGCAUCGCCUUAGUGCUAUGAUGGAGGAGAAUGACCUGCUCCAGGGCACCGUGGAGGAGCUGCAGGACCGAGUCCUCAUCCUGGAGAGACAAAGCCAUGACAAGGACCUGCAGCUGCACCAAAGCCAGCUGGAGCUCCAAGAGGUGAGGCUGUCCUACCGGCAGCUACAGGGGAAGGUAGAAGAGCUCAGUGAGGAGAGAAGUCUCCAAAAUUUCAACACAACCAGCACAUCCCUGCUAUCUGAGAUAGAGCAGAGCAUGGAGGCAGAGGAGCUGGAACAAGAACGAGAACAGCUGAGGCUGCAGCUCUGGGAAGCGUAUUGCCAAGUGCGGUAUCUCUGCUCCCACCUCAGAGGAAACGACAGUGCAGACUCAGCAGUCUCUACAGACUCCUCCAUGGAUGAGUCUUCAGAAACCUCAUCAGCCAAAGAUGUCCCAGCUGGAAGCCUACGGGCAGCUCUCAGUGAGCUGAAAAGACUGAUACAAAAUGUGCUGGAUGGGGCAGACUCCACGAGCUCCCGACGAAGUGACGAUGACACCUUAGAGGAGCAGAUCAGGAGAACGAGCGAGGAUUCGCGUGCCCUGAGGGAGUUAAUGGAGGGAGAACGGGGGAAACUGAGGCAGAGUUUGGAGGAGCUGCAGCGACUGCACAGCCAGGUCACGCUGCUGAGCGUGGAGAUGACAACGCUGAAGGAGGAGCGGGACCGGCUGCGAGGCGCUGCCGAGGACAAGGAGACGAGCGAGCGGCUCCUGCAGGCCAUCAGGGACCGGGACGAGGCCAUCGCCAAGAAGAACGCAGUGGAGGUGGAGCUGGCCAAGUGCAAGAUUGACAUGAUGUCCCUUAACAGCCAGCUGCUGGACGCCAUCCAGCAGAAGGUGAACCUCUCGCAGCAGCUGGAGGCCUGGCAGGAUGACAUGCACAGGGUCAUUGACCAGCAGCUGAUGGACAAACACCCGAAGGAAUGGAGCCAGCUUGCUUAUUCCUUCUCCAGUGGCUACGGCGCCAAGCGGAGUGCCAGGCCCCCCGUGCUCAGGCCGGAGCAGCAGGGCGACGAGCCCGCUGGCGCAGAAGGGAGCCGCCUCUUUUCCUUUUUCAAGAAAAAUUGA